AUGAGUUGGGUCAGUGAUGCCAGGAGCAAAGAAGGGUUUCCCAAACUCAGAUCUUUAGUUAUCCGGGAACUUAAUGAAUUGGAGGAGUUUGAUGAGAUACAGGAGGGUACGAUGCAUCGCCUAUAUGAUUUCACAAUUGUUGAAUGCCCAAAUUUAAAGAAGCUGCCCAGUGGCAUUCAGCACCUCAAAUUUCUCCACAAUUUGGAACUUGGAGAUAUGCCUGAGGAUUUGUCCAAGAGACUACGCAACUGUGACAGUGAAGCAAGAGAGGGUGGUGAGGACCAUUGGAUGGUUCAACACAUUCCCAAUAUUUGGAUUACCAAGCGAGAAAUUCUCGACGGUCCAAUCAUCUCCUUUGAAAACAUCGGUCAUGCUGGACACAAGAACAAGGCAAACGAUCAAAGAUAAAGAGUGGAAGGGAAACAAAACAUGUCUGAGCAAAUCAAGUGGAUCAACUUUGGAUUCCCACAAUAAAAAUCUGCUUGAAAGGGAUUGGAUGAAGC